UAAUCUUCGGCGUUGACGCUUUAAACUUGAACUUGAAAACAGGUUUUUCGAAGAGAAGGGGACAAGAGGCCAAGUGGAGUAGUGCUCCCACUACAUGGAUGUUGCAACAGGUUCCAGGUGGCAAGGGAAAUGCAGUUGGUGAUUUCAGGGGACUGCCAACCGGUUUCCCCUAACUGUUUAAAAGCGGAAUGAAAAGCCAGCGAUGAAGACGAGCCUAUAAAUUGAUUGGCCUUCGGCUGCAUUCAGUUUAGUGCAAGUGCAGUUCUGACCACAAUAUCACCAGAGAAUGUUCAAGCUUUUCGUGCUACUCGCCCUUUUCAGUGGUGGCUUAGCCGCCACAGUUAUCUACCAUCACCCGGUGAUCUACCACCAUCCCCUACCGGUUGCCUCCACGCCCCAGGAGUUGGCUCACCAUCCUGGCUACACCAUUGUGGCACCUCUUACCAAGAUUGCCCACGUCACCUACGACUCGGUGCCCAUUUCGCAUACGGCCUACGAACAUGUUCCUCUGUUCCAGAGGAUUGGUCAUGUGAAAAACAUUAGGUUCUAACGAUGUAUACCCCAGUACAGAAUAAUUUAUAAAUAAAAUAAUAAUAAUAAUACGGUUUUGUAAUUACGUGGAUAAUAGAAUGCACUCAUUACGAUUUUAA